AUGGAGUUACUUGAAAUUCGAGAAAAGAAAAAUAAAAAGGAAAGGGAGCCACUCACACAAAUAACAAAAGAAACGAAAAAAAAAAAGAAGAAGAAAAAGGAAAAGGAAUAUAAAGAAGAAAAGGAACGGCGUGAAAUAAUCCUAGAGGACCAAAGGAACGAAAUAAAUACAAACAAAGCAACAAACGGUGGAGCAAAUACAGAAACAAAAACACUAUCGAAUAGCAGCAGUUUACACAUUAAGGAGUAUACGGCGCUCCCUUCGAAAGGUAAGGAAACAAAAAAAGACGAAAGUGGUAAGAAAAAUAGGAAAGAUAAGAAUAAUAUAAAAGACGCAAAAGGUAAAAAUGGUAAAAACGAUAGAAAAGAUAAAAAUGAUCGAAACAAAAAAAAUGAUCAAAACGAUAAAAAUGGUCGAAAUGAUAAGAUAUAUUUAAAAAUCGAAAGAGGAAAGAAAAGAACAAGUUCCGAAAUAUCAGUCAUUCGUAAAAAUGCAAAUGCGGUAAAGGCACCGUCAGAGGAACUUUCAAAUUUUCAAAAAUUAAAAAAACAAAAAAAGAAAAAAAAAAGCUUCAAGCAAAAUAAAGAACUUAAAGGGGGAAAAAAAGAUCUAAACUUAAAUAAAGAAAACGGAAUUAAUAGAAUUAAUGUCUCAAAAAAUGAAAAUGAAGAAGAAAAUUCACCAAAAGAAAGGAAAAUAACAAAUAUCGGGGUAAGGAUUCUUAGCUUGACAUCUUCAAAAAUUGGAAAAAUGAACGAUAAUAGCACUAUAGAGGUUAGUCAAUCCAAAAGCUUCAGUAAAAAAAGUAUGGAAAUGCAUAGUGGACAACCUGGGAAGAAUGCUAAUCUUUCCUUUCAACUUAGCGAAGCGGUACAAGUAAAGGGAAGUGAAACCUCUCCCAGGUAUGACAGUGGCUGCAGUAAUGCACACAACAAUGAUUACAAUAAUAACAUCAACAGAAGUGGUCAAAACAACUUUGAUAGACGUGGUGAUAAUGAGUCUGAUAGGCGUGGUGAUAAUAACUAUGGGAGAAGCCUGUUUUGUGAACUUACGGAAGCAAUAAAAAAUGAUACCAGUGGUCUAAACGAUAACAGUAAUUUAGGUAUUCUAUUGAAAGAGGAAAAAGAUGAAUUUUACAUUAACCUUAAAAAAUUAGACAUGAAAAAAUUGAGCUCCACUAAAUGUAACGAUCUAAUUAAUUUAGGAAAGGAUUUGAAGAACAAAAAGUCGAAAAAUAGUUUCAAAUCAAGUAUAUCCAAAGGUGUACAUAUUUCAUUUUUAAGCGACGCUAAAAAAAGACAGGGAACAAAUAAAACUUCUAAAAAUGUAAAAAAGAAAAAAUAUAAUAGUAUGGGUAUAAAGGGAAAAAGUAAUACGUACAAGGAAGAAGAGUCUUCAAAAAAAAGAAAAAAUAUUGAAUUAAUGCAUAUCAAGACAGAAAAGAAGAAGAUAAAGAGCAAAGGGAAAAGAGAAGAAGCAGAAUUAAAAAAUAGAAACAGCAAUAAAAGGAAAAAAGUAAAAGAACGUAAAUGGGUGAAGAAGAAAGAAUUACAAGCAGAAAUUGUAAUGAAAACGGAUGAAAAGAGCAUGGGAGCACAGUAUGAGAAAGAAAAAGAACAGGGAAAAGAAGCACAAACGAAAUCAUGCGUGCAGGGAAUAGGGGAAGUGGGAGAAGUGAAAGAAGCGGAAAUAGUGGAAGAAGUGAAAGAAGUGGGAGAAGCGGAAAUAUUGGAAGAAGUGAAAGAAAUGGGAGAAGUAGGAGAAGUGGGAGAAGUGAAAGAAGAGGAAAUAGUGGAAAAAGUGAAAGAAGUGGCAGAAGCGGAAAUAGUGGAAGAAGUGAAAGAAGUGAAAGAAGUGAAAGAAGUGGGAGAAGUGGAAGAAGUAGGCGAAGUGGAAGAAGUAGGCGAAGUGGAAGAAGUAGGCGAAGUGGAAGAAGUAGGCGAAGCGGAGGAAAAGGAUGAAGAAAAGCGGAAGAAAAAAGUGGAAGAAGAAAAAGAGGAAGAAAAGAUAGCAGAAAUAGUAGAGGAGGUAGAAAAGGAAGAAGCGGAAGAAAAAGUGGAAGAGGUGGAAGAGGUGGAAGAGGUGGAAGAGGUAGAAAAAGAAGAAGCGGAAAAGGAAGUGGCGGAAAAAACAAGUGCAAGGAAAAAACCUAAACCUAAGCAGAAAGUGAAAGUGAGGCAGAAACAUAAGGUGGCAAAGGAAAAAGAGAAAAAGAGGGAAAGUGAAAUAAAGAAAGGAAUGGGAGGCGAAAGGGAGAACAAAAAAGACGCAGAAGGUAAUGAGGUAGGCAAUGAUGUAGGGAUCGACGUAGGCAUUAGUCUAGACAAUGACAAACGAGGCGACGAAGUAAAUGUCGAAAGGCGUAAAAGGAGGAAAGGAAACCAUCUACUCAAAGAAGAGAAUAAACAGUUAAAAAACGUUCAUAAAUAUAAUUUAAAAAAUAAUGAAGUAGACAAAAUAUUGAAGAAAUAUUUGAAUUUAAAAAGAGAGGAAAAUGUAAAAAGAGAAGGAGCAUAUGGAAAUGCUAUAAAUGAUAUUCUUGAUAUAAAAGAAAAGAAGUUUAAAAUUGACACAAUUAAUUUUUUUUCUAAUUUUAAAUCAGAAGAAUGUUUUCAUGAUAUUUUAUUUUUUUUUGAUUCUUACGAUAAAAAAUUAAAAAAAAAAAAAACGAAUAAAAAUGUAUUGAAACUACUUAAAAAAUUAUUUAAAUGUGAAUCUAUUGAGUUAGAUGAUAUAAAAUUAAUAUUGCAAAUAUUUGACAAAAUUACUGAAAAAUUUAAAAAAGAAAUUAAAAUAGUACAAAUAGUAAGAUGCUUUGCAGAAAUAGAGAAUAUAUCUAAUUCGAAAUCGACGACAGAUAAAAAAAAACAAAGUUGUAAUGACCAUGAUCAGAAUAAUAAGAACACAUGGUGCAACAAUAAAAAUAAAAUGUAUCUAUUAUAUGACCAUAUACAGGAUGAAUCCAUAAUUAAUCAGUUUAAUAAAAAUAAAAUGUACCAUAUAAUUUUUAACCGUCAAAAAGAAUAUACAAAGGAAUCACGAGCUUUUCGUAUGCUUCAACAAUGGAAUGAUACAAACAAAUUAAUUAUGUUAAGAGAUAAAUUAGAAGAAAUUAAAAAAAGGAAAAUUCUUUCAAAUAUUCCUCUAUCGUAUAUACACUUAUUAAAAGAUAAAUUAAUGUGUAGCAUACUUAAUAUAUGUUGUUUAAACAAUUACAGUUUGUCUAAAUACGAGUUCGAAUUCCCCCCUUAUCCUUUCUUAUAUCAACAAAAAUAUGCUCAUGAUACCCUGGACAAGAAAAAAUUGAAUACAAGUUACGGAGCCAAUUAUUCCUUGAAGAUGGGGACAGCAAUUCGUGUCUUAGCAUCUAAAUAA